AUCUGAGUCUAGGUAUGCUAUCAUAACGUUUAUGUUUACUGAGGCUUAACAAAUUCCUCUUUAAUAGCUCUCGUCCAAUUCAAUAUUAAUUAACCUGUAUUAUUGCCUUUUCAAGUUUAAAUUUUGUGGACAUCAUUGUCAACAAUGAAGGAAUAUCCUAGGCUUCCUAUGGUUUAUUUUGAAUUCAAACUAAGCCCUUCAACAGCUGACAUUUCAACUCCAAUUAAAAAGUUCAUCAGAGAGUAUUAUGGUGACGAUGGUGAAAAAUAUAACAAGGAGAUUAAAGAGAUUGAAGCAUUGAGGAAUGCUGCACUUCGUCCUUCUCGUGAUAUGACAGGUUGUCUAACUUUAAAGAGAUAUUACUCUCAACUAUACACCCUCUAUAAUAAAGUUAAGAUAAUGAAAGGAGAUCUACCUAUUACAUUCACUUGGCAAGAUGUCUAUUCUGGUCAACCGGUGACCGGCGAUAUUCAAUUUGAAUUGGAUUGUUUAAUGUAUAACAUCGGGGCUCUUCAUGCUGAGCUUGGAGCUCUUAAUUUACGAGAUAAUGCUGAAAAUUUGCGAGUAGCUUGUACUCAUUUCCAGUGUUCGGUGUGGGCCUUUGAACAGUUGAAAGAACAGCCACACAACAAAUCUAAAGACAUGUCUCAUGAUAUUAUAGCUUUCAUUUAUCAAACUGUUAUGGCUCAAGCACAAGAAUGUAUACUUGGAAAGUCAAUAAUGGACAAUCGUAAGAACUGUAUCAUCGCCCGAGUAGCUGCUCAGGUGAUAGAGUAUUAUAAUAGUGCUCUUAGUGUUCUCAUCCAAUCAUCUUUAAAUUCUGACAUGGAUAUUGCUGAAAUUGUGGGAUCUAAAUUAUUCGAGGAAUGGAAAAAAUUCACCGAAUUCAAAAUAUCUUAUUACAGCGCUGUGUGUGCUCUUUACAUGGGAGAUGCAUGUCAAGAACAACAGAAAACCGGUGAACAAAUUGCGUGGUACAUCUCAGGAACUCAGCAUCUAGAGCAAGCUGAAAAAUUAUCGAAAUCUUUAGGUAAAAUUGAAAUUAAUCUUUUGUCAAAGGCUUUGGCUAAAAAGAAGGAAACAGCUGAAAGAGACAAUGAUUUUGUCUAUCAUCAACCAGUCCCUUCAUCUGAUAAACUUACUGCUGUCAAGGGUGCUCCUUUAGCUACAGGUGUUGGCUUCAAUGUUUCCGACCCGGAAGUUUGUGGUAAAGAUAUAUUUGCACGGCUAGUCCCAAUCGAAGCCCACGAAAUGGCAUCGGUUUACAGUGAAAACAAAGAUCGUAUACUUAGAGAAAUGAGAACCAAAGUCGAAGAUAAAGACGAAGAACUUUUAACUUAUUUAUCAUCAUUACAACUAGAUAAAGAUAAUUUAAGGCCUGUGGCAAAUAUAGUUCCAGAUGAAUUGAUUGAAAUUUGUGCUGAAUUGAGUGUUAAACCUAAUAUUUGUAAAGAUACCCAAAAAAUGAUGGACGAACUUAACAGCAUAUCCUCCGAAGCCCAAAAAAACCUUGACCAAGCUGCAACCUUGAUUGAGGACGAAGAAGAGAAGGAAAAAAAGCACCAAGAUAAAUUCGGUAAGAGAGCACCGUCUAUGAUUAUUGGAGAAUUGCGUAAAGAAUUAGAGAAGCACGAGGAAACGCAAAGUAAAAGCUUAGCUGCUAACAAAAAUUUAAGCCAAGCACUGGAAAAGUUAUCGAAAGAUAUUCAACUAUUAAUUGAUUGUUCAGCCAAAGACUUAGAAAGACUCCUUCCUCCUAUCACUGAUAUACCCUUUGAUGAAGACAACAUCAAGGAAAUCGAAAAACUUUUGGAUAAAGUGCAAGAAAUGAAAAAUCAACGUGCCUCCCUUGAAAAACAACUUCGAGAAGAAGUUCAAAGUGAUGAUGUUUUAAAACAUGUAAUUGCUCAUUCAAAAGAUGAAUUAGAAACAAUAUUCGAAAAAGAAUUGGCCAAAUACGAUAAAACAGUAAGCUUGUUAGAGCAAAACUUGGCUGCUCAAGAAAAUAUUCUGAACGCUUUAACUAAAGCUAGUGCUUCUUAUGGUAAAUCACGAAUGGCAUUAAAUGAAGUGAAUCGCUUAAGAGUUAACCGAAUUCAAACGCUUUUGACAUCAUUUGAUGGUUUUAUGAAAGUAAAAGAUAACAUCGAAAAAGGCUUAGAGUUUUAUAAAGAAUUUCUAUCAAUUACAAACAAGAUGUUGACCAGAUUGAAAAGUGUGAUUAAAGUUCAAGACGAGGAAAGAUUACAGCUAGUGGAAGCUCAAAUCAAGAAGGAAACCUUUAACUUGAAUACAAUGACUUUGUCCAACAGUAAAUUACCGGAAAUUCCAUCCUCGGCAUCUAAUAGAGGAGGCCCUAAAUUAAAAGACUUUCUGCCAUAUAUGAGCUCAAGAUAUAAUCCAAGUCCUGAUUCUUAUGCCAAUAAUGUGUUCCCUGUGAGUAAUAAUCAGGUUCAAAGUUAUCAACAUCAACAGAUUCCAGCACAACAAGUCAAUCCACCGAACCAUUCCGCAUACAUAACACCUCAAUCUUUCCAUCCUCCUCCAACUUCUACACCUCAACCUCAACCCCAACUGCAAAUUCAACCCCAACCCCAACCUCAACCUCAACCACAAUUUCAACCCCAGCCUCAGCCCCAACUCCAGCCUCAACCUCAACCACAACCACAACCGCAAUUUCAACCCCAGCCACAAUCACAAUUUCAACCUCAGCCCCAGUCCCAGCCCCAAGCACAACCUCAACAACAGCCUUAUCAAUCCUCUCAAGUAGCCCAAUCUCAGCUUCAACAACAUUAUCAACUUCCAACCCAGCCACAGCAACAGCAAUCAUAUCAGCCCCCUCAACAUCCAACACAGGUUCAGCAACAGCCUUAUCAACCCCCUCAACCCUCUCAAACACCUCAACUUCAACAACAACCCUAUCAGAUUCCGCAACCACAAUCACAACCCCAGCAUCAAUUAUACCAGCCUUCGCCAGUUCAGCCUCAACAAUCUUCAUAUCAAAUUUCUCAGCCUCGCCAGCAAUAUCAAUCGCAACAACCUCAGAUUCAACAAGUGUACCAAACUCCUCCACCUCAGUCUCAACAGCAGCCAUACCAUCAAGUUCAAUCUCAAUUCCAACAGCACCAAACAUACGAAUCUCCUUCCUUGGAACAACAAUAUUCCCACCACUUACCAUCUCAACAGCUUCCUCAGCAAUCUUAUCAACCGCAAGAGUUUUCUCAGCAUCAACCUCAGCUUCCAUCACAACAACCACAGCAACCAUACCAACACCCUCAACCUCAUCGACCCCCUCAGCCACCUCGGACUCAGCAAUUUUCCCAACCUAACCAAGCUUAUCUACAAGCUCAACAAGUUCCUACACAGGCUCAGUUCAGUACUGACUGUUGUGCCGUAUAUCCUUUUUGUUAUCACAAUAAUUCGAAUGUUAAUAAUCAACUGUAAAGGAAAUAUAAUUUGAAUAAUCGAUUAAGUAAUAAAUUAUCACAGUCUUUUCAAUUAAUUGAAAUUAAUUAUUGUUAAUAAAGCUUCAACUAUUCAUUAUAUCUAA